AUGUCGACCACGGGUCCCAUAAGUAAUUAUUAUGUGGACUCCUUGAUCAACCAUGAAAACGAGGAUGUCCUUGCUGCAACUCGGUUCUCGGCGCCCGGUGCGCACCCAGCCGGCCCUCGUCCGACGUCUCUAGUACCGGAGUGCGCCGACUAUCCUUCCUGCAGCUUCGCACCCAAGCCUCCCGUCUUCUCCACGUCCUGGGCCCCCGUCCACUCCCAGUCAUCAGUGGUUUACCAUCCAUACAGUCACCAACCUCACUUAGGCACAGACUCGAGGUAUAUGCGGUCAUGGCUGGAGCCGAUAUCCGGCGCCGUGCCUUUCCAUGGCUAUCCGGGGAACAGCAGGCACUACGGGCUGAAGCCCGACGCCUUUCAGGAGCACAGAGCCGGGGAGUGUCUGGGCUCCGGCGGACGGACCUACACGGAUUAUCUGUACUGCUCAUCCACUGACAUGCGGGACAAGACGCAGCAGAAUCUCCCCUCUCCCGAGUCGGAGCUCCUGGCUUCAGGGAAACAUAAAGACGAGAAGCCGGAGCUAGAUCCGAAUAAUCCCGUGGCAAAUUGGAUACACGCCCGCUCCACAAGGAAGAAGCGGUGUCCUUACACAAAGUACCAGACUCUCGAACUGGAAAAGGAGUUUUUGUUCAAUAUGUACCUCACACGAGACCGCCGGUACGAGGUGGCGAGGGUGCUCAACCUGACCGAGAGGCAGGUCAAAAUCUGGUUUCAGAACCGGCGGAUGAAGAUGAAGAAAAUGAACAAAGAAAAGAGCGACAGCAAAGAGCAAUAA